AUGAGCGACUCGACACCAACACGCCGCCCCUUCCACGGCUCGUGCCUCUGCGGCUCCGUCAAGUACAUCGUCUUCCUGACUCUCCCCCACAAGCCGCCCAUCGACACGCCGCUUCCCACCGACUCGGCCCGCGCCCACCAGGAGUUCUACCGCUGCAACUGCGUGCCCUGCCACAAGGCCGGUCACUUUCACUUGCGCACCGUCUGGGCUCCCGAGGACUUCAUGCUGCUCUCCCCGCUGGAUCCCCUGGCCGAGCUCGGCGACUACACCUGCAACUCGGGCGCCAUCCACUGGCUCUUCUGCAAGACGUGCGCCGGGAGAUGCUUCCUCUUUACGGGCAAGGGCGAGACGGCCGAGGUGGAUCUGGACGAGGUGGGCGUCAAGGACAGGGACGGGGGCAGGAUGGGCAAGAGGACCGUCUGGCGGCCCAGGGCCGAGGGCUGGAGCGAGCAGAGGGGAAUGGGGUGCUAUCUCAGCGUGAAUGGAUAUACCGUCGAUGCGGCGCAGGAGGGGUUUGAGCUGGGCGAAUUCACGGCGAACCAAUGGGUUGCGUAUGUGGACUGCCUCGAGCUCCAUGGUCCGGAGCGGGAGCCGCGGUAUGACAAGCCUUAUGAGGGCGGCGCGUUCUGA